CUCGUGAGUUUUGCGUCAUCUCGCGAGAACACCCUCUUGUCCAUCAUGGCGGAGGGAUAGGUUCCACUCGAAAAUCGCUUGUUGCUCCCAAAUUUUCCUCCGAAUUUCUGACUUUACAUCACUCUCCGAACGUCCAAGAUGAGCGAGCCGGGCCAAGCAGGGACCAGGUUCGCCGACUACUUCGUGGUCUGCGGUUUGGACGUCGCAUCGGGCUUAGAACCGGACCAACUACAAGCCCACAACCUUCAGCUGACCCCCCUGGAAAGAUCGUACAACUCCAAGGUGCUGGCACACUACCCUGAAAAUGUGGCCUGGAACCCUUUUGAUGAAAGUGCGGUUGGCAUGCUUUGCCUUCCAAAGGGCCUGUCCUUCCGGACAGAGAACGAGAAGCGGGAAACUCGCUUCCACUCGUUCAUCAUCACGCGGGAGGACGGCAGUCGGACCUACGGCACCUCCUUCACGUUCUACGAGAAAGUCGUGGACAAACAGAUCUGCGAAGCCAUGCAGACGCUCUUUGCCAUGCACAAGGCGGAGCUCAGCAACCGCCAAUCCCGCACCGUCUUUCCCCUCAUGGACCGCACGCCGCCCGAAAUCGGGGACGAGAACGAGAGAUACGUCCCCAGAACUUACGACAUAACCUCCGAUGUUUUGUACGUCACCAAGAGUAUAUGCCUUAUAACACCACUGCCUUUCAUCCAAGCAUGUAAAAAGUUCCUGUCACAGUUGUAUGAAGCAAUAUCGUCCCCUUCCCAGCCCCCCCUCCCCGUAGAAAGCUACGUUUAUAACAUUCUAUACGAAGUCCCGCUGCCGCCGCCGGGGAGAAGUUUACAGUUCAACGCGGCGAAGGGCGCCGUGACGUGUCACCGUCCGAGCGCGAACGAGCUGCCGUUGUUCGACUUCCACAUACGGGAGAUGUUCACGCUACUCGGCGUGGAUAGCGUACUACAGCUGUGGACCUGCGCUCUGUUGGAGAAACACAUACUGCUGUAUUCACAAGACUACCAUCGCUUGAUGCUGCUAGCGGAGAGUCUGAGCGUGCUGCUGUUCCCCUUCACGUGGCAGCACGUGUACGUUCCCAUCCUGCCCGCCUCGCUGCUCCACUUCCUGGACGCGCCCGUCCCCUACAUCAUGGGUCUGCACCACAACGGCAGGGACGACAGGUCUCAGCUACAGCUCCCGCAUGAGGCCUCCCUCUGUUUUGUAGACAUUGACAACCACACAGUCGAGCUCCCCGAGGAUCUCCCACAGUUUCCUAAGAAACUCGACGUCCUCCAAGAAAUCUCGGAGAUCCUGGUCCGCAGCAACGUGCCUCUGGAGCCCGGGAUGAACCCGCCCAGUCGUAGUGACUCGGGCUGCCAUCUUAGCGACGACGGGCGCACGGGAAGCCCCGCUCACACCUCAACUCUCAGUAAACGCGACAUUCUAGAAAGCAGCGAAGCCAUCGCGAAAAUAACCGCCAUCGCGCAACGCAUGGGAGUCAGUCACACAAUCAGCGACAUCGCGAAAUCCCUCCCAGAGAUCGCCGCGUUCGAAAAGAAACCAAAGGUCGACCACGAUCUCGAAGACAUGAAACUGAACGCCGCUUUACGAGAAAUCUUCCUACACAGAAUAGCGUCCUUGUUGCUUGGUUACGAGUCGUUCGUCAUCCAACCGAACGGUGACCUGGAGUCGUGGUUUAGUAACAGGGAGCAGAUGACAAACUUCGACAAAGCCGCGUUCUUGUCGGACCAACCAGACAUCUACUUGCCUUUCUUGUCGCCUUUUAUCGAGACACAGAUGUUUGCAACUCUAGUGGACAACAAGAUUAUGGCCAACUGGGAGCCUAUCGAUGACAACUUGAAGAUUUUUGACGCCAAAAUCGAGAACAUCAAGUCAUCCAGAAACUCCCACAUCCGCAUGUCCAACCCUGACAGGUCCAUCAUGGUAGAAAUACAAGACUCGGAACGAGCCAUCACAGAGAAGUGGAACAAAGUAGACCACAUGGCCGUGCACCCCCACCUCCUGAGUAUGAAGAUCGGACAGGGCAGACACGAGCCUGGCUUCUUCCCCGACCUGCAACCUGACGUCAUGUGCUACGAGUCAGGUAACAACAGUGCGUUGCAAGAUGCUUAUUCCAGCUUCUUUCUCAGUCCACAUGCCGACGAAAUCGAGUGGGAUGACUACAGGUACACACGGAGAAACAUGCGCCAACAGUGGAGACGUAAGGAGAGAAUGCAGCAACACUCCCAACACCUGGCCAUGAGCACCGACCAACGAGAGAAAUACAUCCAGGAGGCUCGAGGUAAGUUGUUACGUCAGCCCAAACUGUCGGACAUGUCACCGGCUGUCAUCGCUCAGACCAACUGGAAAUUUGUUGAGGGACUGCUCAAGGAGUGUAAAGUCAAGACCAAGAGGAUGCUGGUAGAGAAGAUGGGUUCAGAGGCCGUCGAGCUGGGCCACGGCGAGACGUCGCUACGCGGGAUGGAGGAGAACACGCUCAUCGCCAGCCUGUGUGACCUGCUGGAGAGGAUCUGGAGCCACGGCCUGCAGACCAAACAGGGGAAGUCUGCCCUGUGGUCUCACCUGAUGGCCUAUCAGGAGAUGGAGGAGACCAGAGACAGGUCACCUGAGAGCAGCGCGCUCUCACCUGGCACAGACUACAACCUGCGCCCACCAACUGAUGAAGAAGAAGCCAGUCAUGACGAGGAAGACAAAUCUUACAAACCCAAAAAGAAAAACCCGUUUAAGAAAAGACCUCGAAAAAAGAGCGCAGAGGAUGAAGGGGUGACCGUUAGGUCAAGCCGCAGCACUUUGAAAGUUCCCAUGGCCAGUAGGUUCUUUCUGAUUGAAAAAAUGCAUAAUAGUAUUAAUAAGCAAGCUGGGUAUUUAAACACUGAAAGAUGCUGCCCAAUGAUGGACAGGAGGAGACGGAGUAAGUCACCUGACCCCAUCAGUCUGCUGCCAGCCAUGAAACAGACAGUUGUCCAGGACAUGAGGAGCAUCCAGUCUAUGAAGGAGAUAAAGACAGAUGUAGGGUUUGCGCGGACGUGGGUUAGACUGUCCAUAGAGAAGAAGAUGCUGUCUGCACAUCUCAAGGAGUUACUGGCUGAUCAGGAGCUUCUCAAGUCCCGGUACAAGAGGUACGCGUUCCUGCGUUCGGAGGAGGAGAGAGAACAGUUCCUGUAUCACCUCCUGUCACUCAACGCUGUCGACUACUUCUGUUUCACCAACUGUUUCACUGCCACAGUCAUUCCAUACCGUGUGGUGAUCGUGCCCAGUCGUAAGUUUAACGCCUCCACCACGACUGCCCAGCCCUGGAUGUGUCUGGCAGGGGAGAUGAGUGACACGGGCAUCAUACAGCUGCCCAAAAAUACUCUGGAGAUGACAUUCGAGCAUAAGAACCUGGGCCUGAUGACCACCCUGCGUAUCGGCCAUGACAACAGUGGACUGAUGCCCAAAUGGAUGGUGGAGUACAUCCUGGUUAGGAACGAGGUCACAGGUCACACAUACAAGUUCCAGUGUGGUCGGUGGCUGGGGAAGGGAGUGGAUGACGGCAGUCUGGAGAGACUGUUGGUGGGAGAGCUGCUGAGAAAACCUGUCGACACUGAAGAGCUGCUGAAGAAAUGCCGCACACCACCUGGAUCUAGAUCCAGAUCACCUGUGGGGAUUGAUCUACCCAAAAUCAGACUGGCCUUGCCACAGAUACAGGAGAUGGUGGGAGAUGCUGUCAACAACAUCGUCAAACACUUCUACAAACCAGAGAAGGAGAGAGGCAGCCUGACCCUCCUGUUGUGUGGUGAGAACGGGCUAGUGGAGUCCCUGGAACAGGUCUUCCUGUACGGCUUUAAGUCUUCACGACUCUUCAGGAACAAGUUCUUUGUCUGGGACUUCAUAGGAAAAGUCUACACCUACUUCCAGAGUAUAGACAGUGAUGAGGAGGGUUCUCAGGACUCAGUCCAGGUGCGACAGUCCAGGAAGUCUCUGUGUCGUCUGGUGGAGAAGAUCAAUGCACACUCCACCAGUAUGGGCAAGGACGAGAAGUUCAAACUACUGGUGUGUCUAGGAGCAAGAGACCACCUGCUGGACCAGUGGAUCCCCCUCAUUGUGGCCACGCCCGUCACCCUGUCCAUGUACGAGGAGACGUCCUUCCUCCGAGACGAGGCCAUGGUGCAGUUCCUGGUCUCCAUCCUCCAGUCUCUCAAGGAGUUCAACAUCCUGCUGGAGUCCUCCAUCAUGAGUGGCCUGGACGUCUGCUGUAACAUCCUGCUGGAGGCCUCCAUCAUGACGUCUGAACAAGGCUAUAACAUCCUGCUGGAGGCCUCCAUCAUGACGUCUGAACAAGGCUAUAACAUCCUGCUGGAGUCCUCCAUCAUGACGUCUGAACAAGGCUAUAACCUCCUGCUGGAGUCCUCCAUCAUGACGUCUGAACAAGGCUAUAACAUCCUGCUGGAGUCCUCCAUCAUGUCUAUCAUGCCUAUACGUCUGAAUAAGGCUAUGCAUAAGAACCUGGGCCUGAUGACCACCCUGCGUAUCGGCCAUGACAACAGUGGACUGAUGCCCAACCCCACACUGUGUGUGAAUGUACUGUCCCCUAAUGAUAUAUCCCCUCACACAGUGUUACUGUACUUCCCCCAGCAUAAGAACCUGGGCCUGAUGACCACCCUGCGUAUCGGCCAUGACAACAGUGGACUGAUGCCCAACCCCACACUUCACACACUGUUACUGUACUUCCCCCAGCAUAAGAACCUGGGCCUGAUGACCACCCUGCGUAUCGGCCAUGACAACAGUGGACUGAUGCCCAAAUGGAUGGUGGAGUACAUCCUGGUUAGGAACGAGGUCACAGGUCACACAUACAAGUUCCAGUGUGGUCGGUGGCUGGGGAAGGGAGUGGAUGACGGCAGUCUGGAGAGACUGUUGGUGGGAGAACUGCUGAGAAAACCUGUCGACACUGAAGUUCGGACUUCUUGGGUGCACCAGCUUCCCUCACCUAUAGAAGAGCUGCUGAAGAAAUGCCGUACACCGCCUGGAUCUAGAUCCAGAUCACCUGUGGGGAUUGAUCUACCCAAAAUCAGACUGGCCUUGCCACAGAUACAGGAGAUGGUGGGAGAUGCUGUCAACAACAUUGUCAAACACUUCUACAAACCAGAGAAGGAGAGAGGCAGCCUGACCCUCCUGUUGUGUGGUGAGAACGGGCUAGUGGAGUCCCUGGAACAGGUCUUCCUGUACGGCUUCAAGUCUUCACGACUCUUCAGGAACAAGUUCUUUGUCUGGGACUUCAUAGGAAAAGUCUACACCUACUUCCAGAGUAUAGACAGUGAUGAGGAGGGUUCUCGGGACUCAGUCCAGGUGAGACAGUCCAGGAAGUCUCUGUGUCGUCUGGUGGAGAAGAUCAACGCACACUCCACCAGUAUGGGCAAGGACGAGAAGUUCAAACUACUGGUGUGUCUCGGAGCAAGAGACCACCUGCUGGACCAGUGGAUCCCCCUCAUUGUGGCCACGCCCGUCACCCUGUCCAUGUACGAGGAGACGUCCUUCCUCAGGGACGAGGCCAUGGUCCAGUUCCUCGUUUCCAUCCUCCAGUCUCUCAAGGAGUUCAACAUCCUGCUGGAGUCCUCCAUCAUGAGUGGCCUAGACGUCUGAACAAGGCUAUAACAUCCUGCUGGAGUCCUCCAUCAUGACGUCUGAACAAGGCUAUAACAUUCUGCUGGAGUCCUCCAUCAUGACGUCUGAACAAGGCUAUAACAUCCUGCUGGAGUCCUCCAUCAUGACGUCUGAACAAGGCUAUAACAUCCUGCUGGAGGCCUCCAUCACGACGUCUGAACAAGGCUAUAACAUCCUGCUGGAGGCCUCCAUCAUGACCGGUCUGAACAAGGCUAUGGGCUGAAUAAAGAGACUCUUUUUACAC